UCCACUUGAUUUCGCCUCCUAUAAAUUCUCCGGGCUCGAGCUCCGGCACCGCCCGCCGGUCUCCCGAGCGCUGGAUCGAUCGAUGGAGAUCACGAGGGCUCACCUCGCCCUGCAGUGGAGCCGCUGCGAUUGCCUCGAGCUCCGCUCUGUACCUCUUUUCCCGCUUCCUCGGCAUUCUCGCUCCCGACCCCUCCGCCUCCUCUCGCGGCUUGGGGUUAUGGCUUCGUGCUCCUCCGGGAGGAGGAAUGGAAGGGCGGAGGAGCUUCGGGGAGUGAUUCGAUGUGGUGUACAGAGAGAUUUGGAUGGCGAGCGCCUGAUUGUUGAGGCGGAGGAGGAAGAAGAAAGAGGGGGAGUGAGUGGUGAGGAAAAUAAGGAGUCCGAGUGGAACUGGCCCCCUUGGAAGGACUUGCCGCAGCGGUAUAAGCUCAUUGGCACGACGUCACUCGCAUUUGUGAUCUGCAACAUGGAUAAGGUUAACCUAAGUAUUGCCAUCAUACCAAUGUCACAUCAAUUUGGCUGGAAUUCUUCAACUGCUGGCUUGGUUCAAUCAUCAUUUUUCUGGGGCUAUGCUUUGAGUCAGUUACCUGGUGGAUGGCUCUCCAAGUUUUUUGGUGGAAAGAGAGUUCUAGAGGUAGGUGUGCUGGCUUGGUCAUUGGCAACUAUAUUUGUUCCAGUUGUAGCAGGGUUCAUGCCUGGACUGGUUUUAUCAAGAGUAUUGGUUGGAAUUGGCGAAGGUGUUUCUCCAUCAGCUGCAACUGACCUAAUUGCCAAGUUUAUUCCAUUGCAAGAGCGCUCAAGAGCAGUUGCAGUUGUUUUUGGUGGUCUUAGCAUAGGAAGCAUCUUAGGGCUUCUAUUAGCUCCUCCAAUCAUCCAAAAUUUCGGUUGGGAAUCUGUCUUUUACAUGUUUGGUUUUCUUGGGAUUCUUUGGUGUUUGGGAUUUGAGUUUGUCAGAGAUGGCCAGUCACUACUUGGUGAUGAUCUCAUUUUUCGCUUUAGAGAAAAGGCAUCGAGUAUUGGUAGCUUUUUGUCAACAUCAUCCUAUGAAAACAACUCAGGCAAUGACUCCUUAAAACAAUUGGUUGACUCACUUAAGGAUAUACCAUGGAAGGAAUUUUUCAAAAGCAAGGCAGUAUGGGCAAUGAUAUAUGCUCAUUUUUGUGGAAGUUGGGGCCACUAUACUUGUCUAUCUUGGCUGCCAACUUACUUCAGUGAGGAGCUGAACCUAAAUUUGACUGAAGCAGCUGAGGUCUCAGUCCUCCCCCCUUUGGGUUCUAUUCUCACUACCUCCAUGGCAGCAACUUUUGCAGACCAUUUAAUUUCAAAUGGAGUUGAGACUACAACGGUACGAAAAAUUUGCCAAACAAUUGCCUUUCUCUGUCCUGCAGUUUGCAUGACACUUUCCUCUUUGGAUCUAGGAUUGCCUCCUUGGGAAGUGGUAGCUUUUGUUACCUGUGGCUUGGCACUUUCAAGCUUUGCCUUGUCUGGCCUUUAUUGUACCCAUCAAGAUAUUUCUCCCAAGUAUGCAAGUAUACUACUGGGUAUCACAAACACAGUAGGAGCAGUACCUGGAAUCGUCGGCGUCGCACUCACCGGAUAUCUUCUCGACACUACUCACUCCUGGAGUCUAUCGUUGUUUGCCCCAUCAAUCUUCUUCUAUUUAACCGGCACAUUGGUGUGGUUGACAUUUGCCAGCAGCAAACCUCAAAACUUCAACGAGUAGUUAUGAUCUGAUAGAUCAUUUUGUCGUGAUUCAAAUUAAAUCCUUGUUAGGUUUUUUUUAAUAUACUGAAUUGAUUGAUUCAAAUGAAAAAUAGUGGGAAAAGUGAAUGGCUGUGUAUAUUCUUUCAGCAGCCCUAUUUUCAUACAUAUUAAGUUUCUAGCACACCAAUUUUGUACAGUGUAACGUUUGUGUUAAUAUUUUUUUUUUUGUUCCUUUUGCUAGUGUUUUAAAAAAUGUAAUUGCGUAGAGGAAUACUCCACGAAACUUAUGUUAAGUUGUAUUAUUUAUUUAUUUAUUUAUUUUUGGAGGAUAUAUAUUCUUAAUAAUUCGUAUUCAAUAUUUCUUAAUAAUUCAUACGAUAGACAUCUAUCGGCUUCUGAAAAUAAGCCUGUAGCCUCCCUCCCAAACUGUUUGUAGCUUGGGAAGAGAGAAUAUGUACAUUAUUAAUUAUUUUGACUAAAAACAUUUUUUAAAAAAAAAAAAAGAAAAAGAAGAAGAAGCUUUUUUCACUGGAGAUCAAUUA